AUGGAGGCCCAAAUUCAUCACCUAGAGCAAGAAGCAUACUGUGCAGUCCUGCGUGCUUUUAAAGCUCAGUCUGAUGCGAUUACUUGGGAGAAGGAAAGCUUGAUUACCGAACUUAGGAAAGAGCUGAGAGUAUCAGAUGACGAACACAGAGAACUUCUGACCAAGGUUAAUUCUGAUGACAUCAUCAGUAAGAUAAGAGAGUGGAGAAAGGGUGGCGGGCAUCAAGUGGCUAGGCUUAGUGCAUCUCAGCCUGUCUAUGAUCUAUUACCCAGUCCUACUGUUUCUGCGUCGCGAAAGAAACAGAAAACAUCUCAAUCGCAUGGUCAGCCAUUCCCUGGUUUAUCCUCAAUGAAGUCCAUGCCGUACCCAUCGACAGGACCUACUUUGAGUAGACAAUUAACUGCCCGUAGCUCUUCUGGUCCCCUUGUUGGAAAUGAACCUGUUGAAGCAGCAACAUUUGAUUCAUUAAUCGGAAGGAAAGUAUGGACCAGAUGGCCUGAGGACAACAGCUUCUAUGAGGCCGUUAUCACUGAAUACAACCGCACUGAGGGUCGACAUGCAUUGGUCUAUGAUAUAAAUACAGCAAACGAGACAUGGGAAUGGGUUGAUCUCAAGGAGAUCUCUCGUGAGGAUAUCCGUUGGGAAGGUGAGGAUCCGGGCCUAUCUCAUCGAGGAGGCCAUGGCGGUGGGCAAGGAGGACGCAGGGUUAAGAAAUCUUUGAACCAAGGCGGUGUUACUCCAGGUGCUGGAAGAGGACGAGGACCCAUAAAGCCCCAAUCAAAAAAAGAAAUUCAUCUGUCACAAAAUGGUGUAGGGAAGAAGAUGCCAGAUGAUCUGGAAUUAUUAAAUACUGAUACUCUGGUAAAGGAGGUGGAGAGAGUUUUCAAUGCAAAUCAUCCAGAUCCUUUGGAGCUUGAAAAAGCAAGGAAAAUGCUGAAAGAUCACGAACAGGCCCUUGUUGAUGCCAUUGCAAGGCUUGCAUAUGCAUCGGAUGGCGAAAGUGAUCAAUGGAUGGAUAACGACGGAAAAGCAGGCACUGUGGUUGAGGCAACGAUGGUCUCUGGAUAG